AUGUCAUUAUCUAUCUAUCUAUCUAUCUAUCUAUCUAUCUAUCUAUCUGAGUUUAUUCAUGUAUAUUUAUCACUCUCUUUCGUUAUUAAUCUAUUGGACAUCUGCGUUUAUGUUUUCAAUUUUGAGCAUUCAUCUAUCUAUCUAUCUAUCUAUCUAUCUAUCUAUCUAUCUAUCGAUUUAUAUUCAUAUUUACAUCAACCUGCUACUAUUUACCUGUUUGCCUUUACUACCUCUCCACACGGUAGAAUGCAACAGCUAGAUGAUGUUAUGUUUGAAACUGGUUAUGUUGCGAACUGGACACGACUCGAUACAAAUUUACGGGUAAUCCACGCACUGCUAUCUACCGCUUUCUCGUCGCGGGUCUAUAUAACCUUACUCGUUUGCAUACCAGAGCACUUGAGGAAUUUCUUUGAGGAACUAGCAGGAAAGCCUCUACAGCCAACCUCAAACGGCACCAGGCAGUUUUAUCCCGUCUUCAGGCCGCAGCCACUCGUUUCUCAUACAGAAGCCGCUUUCUAUCGUGAUCCUCUUCAAUCCCUUCCUCCUAUGCCACCGUAUGCUCACUAA